GAUCCGCAUCAGCGGCAUCUUCUCGUCCUGCUGCCAGCGACGCGGAGGCUGCAGCCAUGGCAGCGAGCUUCGGCGCCGUCCAUGUAAGCUGCAUGCGAGUGUCGAAGGCUUCUGACGUUCUCGAGAAGACCCUUGAAGGCUGACAGAAUAGUCCAGCAGUAAGGGCUCCAGGCCUUCCUCACCAGAGGCACCAUGUCAGUGUCUCUGACCCCGAGUAGGAAGCCUUCAUCGGGUCAGCGCAGGCGCUCAGCAGGAACAAGUGGCAGCAAUGCACGAUGCACCCACAGUGACACGUCCAGCACCAGCACCUACCAACUCAAAGUUAAGGCGACAGAGGGCAGCCACACACCUAGGACGUAUCCCAGUACACCAAGGCGUCAGGCAAAGCACACGGUGUGUAGUGACAACCAUGGGAUCAGGCCUCCCACCCCAGAGCAGUACCUCACACCCCUGCAGCAGAAGGAGGUGUGUAUACGUCAUCUGCGAGCCAGGCUCAGGGAGAACGUGGAGCGAUUACAACACAGGGACUGUGAAAUAGAUGACUUGAGGACUCAGCUGUACAGGAUGCAGGAAGACUGGAUAGAAGAGGAAUGCCACCGUGUGGAGGCCCAGUUAGCCCUAAAAGAGGCCCGCAAGGAAAUCCAGCAUCUUCAAGAAGUGGUAGAGUCAGUCAGGACCAACCUGGGUGUUCGGGAACAAGAUCCCCACGACCACAAGCCAUACUCACAGUCGCACGACAGAAGACCAGUGGGGAGGUCUCGCUCCUGUGGCUGUUCUCCUGCCAGCACUUUAACCCGCGGCGCCACCCGCACCCGUCUGAGCAGCGAGGCCCUGCAGCUGGAGCGUAGUCCAAACGCUCCUGAGUCGAGCAGAGCAUCACGCCUGGGGGGGCAGGCCCACCUCCUCCUGGAGGCAGCGCUCCUGUCUGAGCAGACGCCGCCACAGGGCCACAUCAGAGGGAUGGUGCCUCCUUCUCCUACCUAUGAAAGGGUGUGCAGAGGGGGUGCUGUCGUGCCAAUGUCACACUCCUGCCACUCUCUUGGUGGCAUCUGCAGGUGUGGUGGACACACCUACUUCCCUCAUCAUCACUUAUUCCUGCACUUACCUCAGGAGGAGCCCCUGGAAACAGUUACUGUGACCCCUGCUGCUGACCCAGUCCCAACCCCUGCUACUCCAGCACAGAGGAAACCAGACGUGCGCUCAAGGGCCUGCAGCCCAACUAUGACGUGGCUGUGUGAGGAAAGUGUCAAGGAGGAAUUGAGUGUCAUUUCUACAACAACAGUGGACAUGAUUCCUUCAGAGGCACAUCACUUUCCAUCAUCUUUGCCUCCUUUGUGUCCUCAUCCACACAGGAAAGACCCCAACAAGUCUGUGUACACAACAAAGACGCCUGAGGAGCCCCAUGUGUGUCAGCCUCACCCUGCGGCCACACUCCCCCUGAGGCAGGAAGGCACUGUGCUGGAGAUAGAGGACGACGCCAAGGAGGAACAUGAAACAGGAAAUGAUUCGCUCCAGAGGUGUCACUGGAGCCCGUACUUCCUUGUGGAUCUGCUGGCUUUGGCAAUGCCGGUGGUUCCAACUAUGGCAUGGCUGUGUCGCGGGGCGCCGCAAGACACCAUGCCCGUCUAUCAUAUCGGGUCUCUGCUGAGAGGCUGCUGCGCUGUGGCCCUCCACUCGCUUCGCAGGCAGGGUGCGGGUACAGUACGCAGACGGGCCAGCACGAAUGGAACAUCCAUGUGACUUUGAACAGCAAAUCCACAGGCACAGCAAUGCUGACUUUUCUUCUGAUUUAUGUGUUGGAUAUCCCCGCUAAGUAAGAUUUUGCAUGAUGACUGGCCUUAAAGAACAAACACUUUAGUUCUUUCAUUUCUUUCUCUCUGCAGUUUCAUUUGUGCAUGAAAUCUUCAGUCAAGUUGGAUUCUCUCAGCUGCAUCCAAAAGCUACUGUUUGACAUUUUCAACUCAAAAACAGACUUCGUUCGGCAUCAAGUAAACAGAACAUUAGGUAAAGAUGAAUUCAUCUUUUUUUUGUGUGUACAUCUCGAUUUUAUAGCUCCGUUUCCCUUAGAAUAGCAUUGCCAGUUGGACAUUUCUUUAACAAAAUAAGUGACACAAUUUGUAUAUAAAUGAAGCUUCAUCGAGAGCACUUAAGGUUGGUAGCACUUUUUCGCCAUGGAAAUACUUGAUAAAUCCGUGUGAACAUUUAUGGGAGCUUGUACUACAAGCUUUUUAAAGCUUAUUAGAGAUAUGGAGAUUAGAUUUAUGAUCCGCAACUGUAUGAAUGCAAAUGGGGGUUUUCCUGAUGCAUUUAUAUGACAAGGUUUCAGAUAUAUUUUUGAACUUUGUAUAAUAAAUGAAUAAUUGUAGUCUCCACAAAGCGUCAGGAUAACAAAGGAUGUGACUCAGCCAAACUUUUAAGGAUAGCUGCUUUAUAAGUGGAAAAGAAGCGUAGAGAUUGCAACUGAGGUCAAACGAGAGGCCAAAUGUCAAAUGAAUUCAGUGCCAAAUCAUCAAGUGAUCGGUAUUUCAGGUAUUUCUGUCAGAGCAAGAGCUUAACUGAAGACAACCAAUGCGAACGGAUAACAUCUGCUGAGAUCAAAGAUGACACACAGGUGUUUUUGGUCAGUGCUCUGCUAUUUAACAGUGGACGCUUUGAGGAGACAACACUGCAAGUUGUCUUGCUUUGUGUGGGUCGCUCUGUUGUGCUGCAUUUUUAAUUACGAUCCUGUAAAAUAUUGCGCCUGUAACAGCUAUGAUGUGCAGUUGCCAGUCGCAGCCUUAUGCAAAAAAAAAAAAAAAAAAGAGGAAUGUUUUUGUUUUCAGGGAUAGCUUGUAAGCUCAGUUCAGCUGCAACUGACUUGGGUGGUGAGCUCUGCACAUAUUGCACAAAGGGAAUCUUUUUAGGGUGCUUUUAGUUUGUUGAUAGGGCUGGGCGGUAUAUCGAUAUUUUUUUAAAAUAUCGAUAUUUACUUAAGUAUGACAUCAAAACCGACCAUAUCGUUGAUAUCGUUGGAUUUGCACUGCAUCUCCCUCAUUCCCGCAUGCAGCAGGAGGGAGGAGAGGCGGAGCAGAAACGCGGCGACUCCAGUCGAAGUUUAGCGACAGCGUCCGCAGUGGAAGAAUUAGUCAGCAAGGAAUAAGCGGUAGCUGUGGAGGUACCUCGAAUUCAGAGCAUAAACAUUUUUUUUCAGCACCUUAAAACUUAAAACACAAACUUCAAUACGAGGAACGUGUGAAGCUGCGCGCUCCUCUUGCGUAAAGAGGAGUUCUAUCACUUUGCUAAAAUACGGUCCUCGUUGCAACAGUGGAAAAAAAAGGCUUUAAAAACCUGCUGAAAACGAUGGACUCGCGAUGUCCAGCGAGCUUCGCAGUCACAAUUAUUUAGCACAACAAGCUGUACCACAAAUGUACAAGGAAGUCAGACAGACAGUUGCUAAGCCUGAUGCAGUUGACAGGUUGGUGUUCCUGGCACGAAAUAAGGACAUGCUUGCGUCUUCUAAAAAUGUUUACCUAAAAAAUACUACUGUUCAAUUUUAAGUAUUUUUGAGUUGUUGACGUUUUCCUCUUAAAGCGCGCAGGCUCUCCUUUAUAUUUUGUUCUUUUGUUAUUAGCUGAGCAUUUGAGAAUAGCUAAAGGUUUGUGAUUUAAAAAAAAAAAAAAAAAGAUUUUUUUCAUGGGCAUCUUGCAUGACGUUUUAAAAUAUAAAAAAUAAAAACAUCCUCAUGUUAAGCAUUCGUUUUAAGAAAACAUGACACAUAUUUGGCUUCGAUUUUGUCCAAACUCACUGUGCUGAAAAAAUAUUGGAAUAUAUAUAUAUCGUAUAUCGACAUUCAACGUAAAUAUAUCGGGAUACGAGUUGUGGUCUAUAUCGCCCAGCCCUACUUGUUGAAAAAAAAACAAAAAACACUGACCUACAAAUUGUACGAUUGCACCUUGAAUCUGUAAUAUACUUAUAAAAGCAAGGAAACUGCAAAAAAGUAGUAUGCACAGCUCUGGAAAGUGCUUUUCAUCCAAUGAAAUGGUACACAAUCUGGGGGAUCUGCAAAAUAAAAACAGUCAAGCAAAUAGAUUGUGGUAAAAUUACUCUUUUUUUUGUGAAGGAACCAAAUGCAACGUCCACAGCUUGUAACACACAACUCCUUGAAAUAAAUGCUACCACAAACUGCAAGGUGCCUAAAAAUCCCUGUGGGGGAAAGUUUUCAUGCAAGUGUCAAAAGCUUUUGCCCCAAACAGUCCCCCCACCCCCCAAAGACCUGUUUGCAAUAAACUUUCCCCACAUUUUUACAAGCAACCAUCACGACAACUGUCCAGUUGUGAGUGUCAGAGCGAAGGUCAGUUCACUCUCAUAAAUAAAGAAUUAACGCGGCCGUAUAGACAAAGUAAAUUUAACAUUUGCAGAGACCUGUAGGCAGCUCAUGGCGAAUAUGUGCUUGAUUCAGGAAUUGUAAAUUAUGAGGGAUCCUUGUCUAAAGUCGUCUAACAACCAGUCCUUCAUUGAAGCCACCUUUGUCAAACAAUGUAUUUUUUUAAGAAAAUGCAUUAUCCGCAAUCGGGACUAUUGUGUGAAGGCUGCAGAGCCACAAGGAAUGAGACUGAUUCAGUUCUUAUAUAAAAACUGACAUGUUUUGCAACUUGUAGAGGUCAAAUAAAAAAAAGCAAACAUAAAAAUACAAUGUCACAACACAUAGUAUGGGAUGACCUAUGACUGAGUAGAAAGUCAAAUAUAAAAUAAAGUCUUAAAGCAAGUGAAAUAACAAGUUGUGUGUGAAAUGUGAAGGAGAGUGAAUUAGUGAAGCUAUAGACAUAGGUCCUAUGCAGGAAUCAUCUGGUACGUUUUGCCUCCAUGUUCCCAUGAUAGGAGUUGACCUGCAGCAAACACAUGAAAGCAGAUUAGGCGAUGUACUUGCUCAUAUCAACACCAAUUUAUUGUUCGUGCAGAUGGAGCAGCUGUACGGCCAAGUGUCCACUUGAAUUAACAAAAAAACCCAACAAACUAUCCAAAGCUGUUUCUCCUCUACAACUGUCGGGAAAACGUUCCGUGUGUGCAAACACACAUCAAACCAUGCUAUUACCGUCUUCUCUCAGGAAAUUAAACUCCAGACUCGUACUAAAAGGUGAAUGGCUUGAAUUUAAUUUGAGCUUCGCUUUUUGUCCACUCACGAUGGCUAUGCUUGAAGUCUGCAUAUUCAUUUCCUACCAAAUUGAAGGGGAAGGUUUAUCAAGCAUGAUAAAGCGGUAUCCAAGAUACAAAAAACAGGGAUAAAGCCUAAUUUUCAGGGGAACCCCCACUCACAGUGACAGGUUUUCACUGCUGUACAUGAUAGCGAUCUAAUUUAUCUUAUUUAUUAUGUAUUGUGUAAAACUAAGACAUGAAUAACAUCAAAUUAAAAGCACAAAAUGAAUGGUGACCCACCAUCCACCAGUUCAAGUUCCAGCCAAGUGUUUCCAGAGAGAUUAUUACAUGGCUGUUUGACGUGUGUGGGGAAAAGGCAGUGCUAGCAUGAAUUAACUUGAGGUUGUGCGGCGCUCAAGCUCAGCACAUACUUGUCAUCCAGCCUCACCUUGGUGCAUUCACAUACAGCAUAAGCAUUUGGACAAUGGAAAAAAUAUCAGUCUAUUUGUUGGCAGCAUUGGAGAAAAAUAUACAGAACUUUCACUCCCAUCACACAACUGCAGUGCGUUCAAUGACGACGUGCGAAUAAACGCUUUGAAAAAACAACAACCAAAAAACAAUGAAACAAAACAUAAUCUUACAAAAAUGGGCUUUUGAACAGUAUAUUAUUUUUCCUAUACAAUCCUUGUUUCCAAAAUUGAUAUGCAUUUGCAUAAAAUUCAAUGUAGUAUUUUUAUUUAUUUAUUUAUUUUUUUAAUUGCUCCUGAAAGUUUUCCACAAGCCAGUUCGGCCUGCCCACAGACGGGUAUCGAGCCGUGGCCUGGUGGUUGAGAACCUCUGAUUUAAUUGAUAACUUGAUGUUUAUUAUAGUUAAUGAUUAUGAAAUACAUAUUGUCAAUAUUCUCAUGAUCAAAUGAAAUGAUGAAAUUCCAAGCAUUGCGUUGUUAUUUUCAUGUAUCUUUUAGUCAGGAUUAGGGUCGCAGCUAUCGAAUAUUUUAGUAAUCGAGUAUUCUACUGACAUUUCUUUCCAUUAAUCGAGUAAUCGGUAAAAACAUGUUUUUGCUUGGUUUAAGAGCAAUUCUAAAUACACAAGAAAAAAUAAAACAUUUCACUAAAUAAUGAACGACCAAUGGGUUUAAUUUUUUAGAUAAUCAACCAUUUUAUUUCUUAUGGACUACAUGAUGGUGCUUUUGUGGAUUAAUCAAUCAAAUCCCAGACUGUAACUAUUUACUGGAAAAGGAGAGAAAUAAUAAUGACUUUACUAAGACAUUACAAAGACAAUUCAAACUGGAAUUACAUAUUCCAGCAUGUUGAUGGCUGUGCAUUUCUAAUUCUUAAACUUAAACAGUCUGACUAGAAAUAAGACAAGUAUUCCAAGUUACUGAGUUUUUGCAGAGUUCAAAGUCUGUAGUGGAACACAUUACUCUCAACAAGGAAGAUGUACUGUAGAUGUAAUUCCAAUCAACUAUAAAACACUUAUUUUGUUUACGCAAUUAGAUGAGGCGCAGCAAACAGUCCUCUUAUUUAGAAAGCCGGAAGUGUGCUGUGUGUGUGUGUGUGUGUUGACAAUGUGUCUUAAUGGCUGUGACAAGCUUGGGUGCAAGAAUAAACGUCUCUGUCUUUUUAACUCAGAACCUGCACGUGGUUAUCGGGCAUUGUAAAACGCUCGCUUACAUUAAAGCGGUAAAACACAACACGGUCUAAACCAGGGGUGUCAAACUCGUGCCCUGGAGGGCCGAGACACUGCAGGUUUUAUCUCCAACCUGUUUCACCAGCAGGUGAUUUAAUUGAUGAGCUCCUUCCCUCAAAUUGAAGGUGCUGAUCAUUAAAAUCACCUGCUUUAGUAACUGGCUGGUAAGAAAACCUGCAGCGUCUCGGCCCUCCAUGGCACAAGUUUGACACCCCUGGUCUAAACACCCAUCCAGCCUGAGUCGCACACACACGGCCGCACUAGUACGCUCUGCUAAACUAAGAUAAUCCUGAUAGCUUCCAUUCACGCUCCCUAAGAGACUACUUUCCAAGUUGUUUCGCUGCCGUUUGACAUGUUUUGUUCGAGAGGGGGGUGUUGGUGUUCGUGAUGAGAUCGACCCGUCAUGAUCGAGCGGUCCGCCAAGAGAAUACUUUCCCACACGAACGUUCCUUGUCGUCACAAUGACAAUUUCAUUCACAUUAUUUCAUUUUCAGCGAGAUUCCGCGCUUAACAGUAAAUUCCAUUUUUAUUGGCCAAUUUCGCGGAAAUCAUAAGGCUCAACAUUAACCUUAAUCUCAUCGAUUUGGGCUACGUUAAUUUUACCUUGUCUCGGAUAUUCCGCUCCAUUCGGGAGGAGAUGAGACAACAUAAGAUGUGCUGGUGUGGUAUGCAAGUGCCGCGUUACAACGGAUACACGUCACGGUGUUCAAUUUGCUGUUGAGCCACAUUUUCUGUCGUUUUUUUACAUUUUGUUUUCAUUCUCUUUCGUUGCCUUGUCGCUUUUUUUUUUCUAGCC